AUGCACAACUUUUUACCUAACAGCUCCUUUGUUGUGUACAUUUGCCAGGACUCUCAAUUGCCGCCACCCUUCCCGCUGUCGGCUGAGGAAUCCAGUCUUUCGGAUCCCCAGACCCAACUUAUGGCAAACAAGCGUCGCCCUGCUCGUCGUUCUGCUCCAUCCUCUACAGCGCACCAAUUCCAAUCAAAGCCGGCGUUUGACGCCCCCAAACUGCGACGUCCCAAGUCAUCUUUCGGCAGUAACCCCAUUCUGCCUUCCAACCCACAGCCCGGCGCUCGCCUCUCGCUCUUACUCUCGAUCAAUGAAGACAGCGAAUUGGUUCUUGUGCCACAGCCUUGCCAGCCUCCCGACGACUCUUCGGUAGUUUUGCCUACUUAG